AUGACGCAAGCACAGUUUCGUACUUUAGAAAGGGAAAAGAGGUUUCAGAAUCCUCCCAAAAAUAAAUCUGAAAUAUAUCCAUUGUUGGAGAAUGCAGUAGCACCACACAUUGGAUCAUUCAAUGCAUUAAACGAUGGGGAGGAUGGUGGGUUGUUAAACAUGGCCGUCAAAGAUAUAGGAUCAAAGACCAUUUUUGAUUCCAAAGAGGCAGAUAGAUUGGGUAACAAGUUAAAUAUUAGAGUGGAAUCAGUAUCGAUAGCGAAGCCAAGUGUCCCACCAACCGACAAAUUAUCCAUAAAUAGAAAAACAUUGCCAAGUGAGUGUCGUGAGCGAAUGACCACGUAUAAAGCUAGAUUGAUGUUGAAUGUUACAUGGAGCGUCAACGAUGGCGAAGAACAAAGUGAAAUUAGAGAAGCAGGUCAAAUUCCCAUCAUGUUGAAGUCGAAUAGAUGCCAUUUACAAAAGAUGUCACCAAAUCAAUUAGUUGAAGCAAAAGAAGAGAGUGACGAAUUGGGUGGGUACUUUAUCGUAAAUGGUAUUGAAAAGCUAAUUCGUAUGUUGAUUGUACAGAGAAGAAAUCAUCCUAUGGCAAUCAUUCGUCCAUCCUUUGCCAAUAGAGGUGCUUCAUACACCAAGUAUGGUAUUCAAAUCAGAUCAGUAAGACCAGAUCAAACUUCACAAACAAAUGUGUUACAUUAUCUUAAUGAUGGUAAUGUCACUUUUAGAUUUUCAUGGAAGAAAAACGAGUAUUUGGUGCCGGUGGUUAUGAUUUUGAAAGCCCUUGUUGAAACGAAUGAUAGAGAGAUUUUCGACGGUAUAGUUGGUCAUGAUGUCGAAAACUCAUUCUUGACGGAUCGUUUGGAAUUGUUAUUAAGGACAUUCAAAUCGUACAAUUUGCAUUCACAACAAGAAACAUUAGCCUACUUGGGUGAUAAAUUUAGAGUGGUUUUUGGAGCAACACCUGAUGUAUCAGAUAUCGAUGUUGGUAAAGAAGUUUUGAGGAGAAUCGUCUUGGUACAUUUACCCAACAACGAAGACAAGUUCCGCAUGUUGUUGUUUAUGAUUCGUAAAUUGUACUCAUUGGUGGCUGGUGAUUGUGCUCCUGAUAAUCCAGAUGCUACUCAACAUCAAGAAGUGUUGUUGGGUGGAUUCUUGUACGGUAUGAUAAUAAAGGAAAAGAUUGAUGAGUAUUUGCAAAAUUUCAAACUUCAAGUGCAGUCCGACAUAAAUCGAGGUGUUGGUGUAAAUUUUUCAGACCGAAAAUACAUCACUCGAGUGUUCUCACGAAUCAAUGAAAACAUUGGUCAAAAAUUGCAAUACUUUUUGUCCACUGGUAAUUUGGUUUCCCAAUCUGGUUUGGAUUUACAACAAGUCUCUGGUUAUACAGUUGUUGCAGAAAAGAUCAACUUCCACCGUUUCAUCUCACAUUUCAGAAUGGUCCAUAGAGGUUCAUUUUUCGCUGAGUUGAAAACCACCACCGUUCGUAAGUUGUUGCCAGAAUCUUGGGGUUUCUUGUGUCCGGUGCAUACUCCUGAUGGAUCACCAUGUGGGCUAUUGAACCAUUUAUCUCAUAAAUGUAUCAUUGCCACUACUGCUUCUGAUGUAUCACAGGUUCCUGCUGCUUUAGCGCAACUUGGUGUAUCACCGGCAAAUGCAUUUGCCGCAGGACCUGAUUUGUGUUGUGUUCAAUUAGAUGGUAAGAUUGUUGGUUGGACAACCCACGAACAAGGUAAGAUUGUUGCAGACACAUUAAGAUUCUGGAAAGUUGAAGGUACACAUGGCUUGCCAUUGGACUUGGAAAUUGGAUAUGUUCCACCAUCGAGUAAAGGUCAAUACCCUGGUUUGUAUCUAUUUGGUGGUCAUUCCAGAAUGAUGAGACCAGUAAAGUACUUACCUUUGGGUAAGGAAGAUAUAGUUGGUCCUUUUGAGCAGGUGUACAUGAAUGUGGCUGUAACGCCAGAGGAAAUUGAAAACAACAUACACUCUCACGUUGAGUUUUCACCUACCAAUAUCUUAUCGAUCUUGGCUAAUUUGACUCCAUUUUCGGACUUUAACCAAUCUCCAAGAAAUAUGUACCAAUGUCAGAUGGGUAAGCAGACUAUGGGUACUCCUGGUACAGCGUUAGUACACAGAUCUGAUAAUAAAUUGUAUCGUUUACAAACUGGUCAAACACCAAUUGUUAAAGCAAACUUGUAUGACGAUUAUGGAAUGGAUAAUUUCCCUAAUGGUAUGAAUGCAAUUGUUGCUGUUAUCUCCUAUACUGGGUAUGAUAUGGAUGAUGCGAUGAUUAUCAAUAAAUCAGCAGAUGAAAGGGGAUUCGGAUACGGUACCGUUUACAAAGUGGAAAAGAUUGACUUGUCUCAAUCGAGAAGACGCGGUGAUCCAAUCACUCAACAUUUUGGUUUUGGUGAAGAUGAAUGGCCAGAGACUUGGAAGACCAAGCUAGAUGAUGAUGGAUUUCCAUUGAUUGGAGUGAAAGUAGAAGAAGGUGAUCCAAUUCUUGCAUAUUACGAUGACACUCUUGGUAAAACCAAGGUGAAAACAUAUCAUUCCUCUGAACCCGCAUACAUCGAAGAAGUCAAGUUGCUUGGUGACGAUGCCGGCGAUAACGAAGGACAGCAAGUCACCAUCAAAUAUAGGAUCACAAGGCAACCUAUAAUUGGUGACAAAUUUUCCUCCAGACACGGUCAAAAGGGUGUUUGUUCAAGAAAAUGGCCACAAAUAGACAUGCCAUUCACUGAAAGUGGUAUGCAACCUGACGUCAUUAUCAAUCCACAUGCUUUCCCUUCACGUAUGACGAUUGGUAUGUUUGUUGAAUCGUUGGCUGGUAAAGCAGGUGCAUUGCAUGGUGUAGCGCAAGAUGCCACCCCUUGGAAAUUCAGUGAAUCUGAUACUCCAGCUGAUUACUUUGGAGAGCAAUUGUUGAAGGCAGGUUACAAUUUUCAUGGUAAUGAGCCAAUGUAUUCUGGUGCCACUGGUGAGGAAUUGAGAUGUGAUAUAUAUAUUGGAUGUGUCUACUAUCAAAGAUUGAGACAUAUGGUUAACGAUAAGUUCCAAGUUAGAUCAACUGGACCUGUGAACUCCUUAACCAUGCAACCAGUCAAAGGUAGAAAGAGAUCAGGUGGUAUUCGUGUGGGUGAAAUGGAAAGAGAUGCAUUAAUUGGUCAUGGUACUGCAUACUUGUUACAAGAUAGAUUGUUGAACUGUUCAGAUUACACUCAGACUUCGAUAUGUAAAUCUUGUGGCUCAAUACUAACUACACAAACCUCGGUUCCUAGAAUCGGAUCGAUGGCAAGCAUAAGGUGUAGAAGAUGUUCAAUUAGAUUAGACAAAUAUGACGGUUACGCUGAAGACGCUGACAUAUGGGAAGAUGGUCAUGGUGUUAAAUUUGUUGGUGGUGACAAUACAACCACAGUCGCUAUUCCAUUUGUUUUAAAAUACUUAGAUAGUGAGCUUUCAGCUAUGGGUAUAAAGAUGAGGUACAAUGUGGAGCCAAAGUAG